AGGAGGGAGGGAGCACGGCUACAUUAUACCAAACACACAUACACACACGGGUUACAUGACACUGUGGAAGCGGUGCGGCAGCAGCGGGGAAGUCGCUCGUCUUUAUUCCCCCUCCUUUAUAUCUUCAUGUGUUUUUCUUUCUCACUCGAGGAUGUACUUUUGACGCAUUUUCUGUUUUAAAUCCCAAAGAAUUAAAAGUGUUUUUUUCCUUUUCUUCCACAUCCAUCACUUACCUCUCCACCUCCAGCUUUUUUGUGUGUGGUUGCUGUAGCUCAGUUCGUUUCGUUUUUUAAUUUCUUUUAUUUUUAAUUUCCAAGGACGCCGCAGCUUCUUCACCGGACCACCGAGGAACUAUUUUCUCUCUCCACUUUGUUGUUUUUGUGAAUGCACUUUUGUGAACGCACAUUUGUUUUUCCUGGACCAUAUCCGCUGUGCGCACGCUGACUCACACGCUGUAGUGAUGAGAUUUUAAACUCGUGGUUCCCUCUAUUUUUAUUUUUUAUUUUCUCCUCAUGACAUUGAGGCGUGCACCGGACUCUUCAUUCUGACCCGCUUGCACGUCAAGUUUUCCGGGUCGUGUGUAGUUCAGAGACUCGUGGUGAAGACACACACACACACACGCUCCUGUUGCUUCAUCGGACACACACCGGCUGCGUGUCCGCGCCACGCCGCUUCCUCUCCCGGUGACUCGCCGUCGACGCUCCGGUGAAAACCAGAGGAGACGGUUCCCCCUUAUCUUCCACUUCCACCAGGGAUUUCAGUGACAUUUCCUCGGACAACCGUGGCUUCAGUUUCUCCGGUCGAGCAAAUCGAGUCAGUUUGUUAAAAUGCCACAGUUAUCAGGCGGCGGAGACCCGGAGCUGUGCGCCACCGACGAGAUGAUCCCCUUCAAAGACGAGGGGGACCCGCACAAGGAGCAGAUCUUCGCCGAGCUCAGCCACUCGGAGGAGGAGGGAGACCUGGCCGACAUCAAGUCGUCCCUGGUCAACGAGUCGGAGAGCAGCCCCAACAGCAACAGCCACGAUGCAGCUAGACAGUCCCAAGAUUCAUAUCACGAAAAACACAGAGACCAUAUGGAAGAUGGAAAACAUCAAGACUUGUACGGCAAAGGCCAUCCGUACACGGGCUACCCAGGCUACAUCAUGAUGAGUAACAUGAACGACUCCUACAUGAACAAUGGCUCCCUCUCACCGCCCAUGCCCAGAACGUCCAACAAAGUCCCCGUGGUGCAGCCGUCCCAUGCAGUCCACCCACUCACCCCGCUGAUCACGUACAGUGACGAGCACUUUGCCCUUGGAUCUCACUCUGGACAUCAUCCCCAGGAUGGCAGCAACAAACAAGGAAUGCCAAGGCAUCACCCUGGCCCCGACAUGACCAACUUCUAUUCCCUAUCACCUGGAGGAGUGGGACAGAUCACGCCACCACUGGGAUGGUUCUCACACCACAUGGUGCCUGGCCCCCCAGGCCCUCACGCCACAGGGAUCCCCCACCCGGCCAUCGUCAACCCACAGGUCAAACACGAGCCGCCGCAUGAAACAGACAUCAUGCACAUGAAACCCCAGCAUGAGCAGAGAAAGGAGCAGGAGCCCAAAAGACCGCACAUCAAGAAGCCACUAAACGCCUUCAUGCUCUACAUGAAAGAGAUGCGUGCAAAUGUGGUCGCCGAGUGCACGCUGAAGGAGAGCGCUGCCAUCAACCAGAUCCUGGGACGAAGGUGGCAUGCUUUAUCUCGGGAAGAGCAAGCUAAGUAUUAUGAGUUAGCCCGCAAGGAACGGCAGCUCCACAUGCAGCUCUACCCAGGCUGGUCCGCUCGAGACAAUUAUGGAAAGAAGAAGAAGCGGAAGAGGGAGAAGAUGCAGGAAACGACCACAGGUACAGGCCAGAGAAUGAAAACGGCGUACAUCUGAGAAAAUGGAGGAAAACGGAACAAUUUCUCCACAUGCAAAGCGAAGGCAGCAGCUACGGGCCCUCUUCUAGAGAUGGAGGCCUGUUAGAUUUCAUGAAGACCCUUAAAUCUCCAAACUGAAGCCUCCACUUCUCAGAGGACCCCCCCCCCCAUGUCCCACCCCAACUACCCCUACUCCCUUCGACACAGUCACACGCCACCACCACCAUCACCAAAAAACACUUCACUGUUUGACAACACUUCCUUACUGAAGGCGCCUGCUGUAGAGACACUGAACUGAACAAGACAAUCAUGAUUAGUCGGAGCACCCUCACGAAAACCACACUCUCGCACGGGAAAAACCCAGAAUUGACGUCUGUGUUUUGUCAGGUUCCUGUUACGACUCGAGCUUUACCACGAUCCAAGGCACUGCACUGAAAAGAAAAAAAAACAACAGCAGCAAUUUUUGAUGUGCACACAAACUUCUUCCCCCUGCACUGCCCAAACUCUCCAGACACCCGUCCCUAAGUUAUUGUAACUUAUUUGUCACCUCUGUUCAUUUGUAUAGUUUUAUUAGGCCGACCUUCACGCCCUCACCCCCUCCCCUCGUCUCUCUCUCACUGGAUUUUUUGAGACCCUUUGAGGUUUCACUCGACUGACCAAACACCUCUUUUUAGACUGCACUAAGGAAGAUGGAGGGAUCUCAUCUCGUCUAAAGAAACGUCCUCAAGACGCCAUUUUAGUUUGUUGCUGACCAGUUGGUGCAAAAAAGGAUCAAUGAUUUGAUUUGCUUUUCAUUUUAAACUGAAUUUUAUUUUGAAUGCUUUUUUUGUAUCUUGAACCCUCGUUUCAAUUUCUCGGUGUAUAUUUUAGUGAUUUUUUUUUAAAUAUUGUUUUUUUAUAUAGUGGUAUAUAUGAAAAUAAGCUUUGGACACAGGAAAGCCAUUUUUCUUGUUGAAGCGUCUUGCAGAAAAUUGAAACUUAAGGCUUCUUUUGAUAACUAUUUGU